AUGUCUGAGACGAGCUCAUUACUCCCUGGGGAGUCCGACGGACCAGCACGUCGGACUAUACGAGACCGCAUUGUCGACGCUUUCCGUUCAUCGCCUCAAACUGGUCUUGGAAUUUCGACAAAUUCUAGCCACGGAAAUCAUACGACACAUGACAACCAAACCGGAACUGGGGUUACAAGUGAACCAGACGCAAGAACUCGGCUUCUGGAAUCGUACCUUCAGGCCGGUCCUGCGUGCGGUGAAAGGCACUGCAGUCAUGGCACAUUCUCCCCCCAGAUAGGAGACGUGGGAAGACAGUCAUACCUUGGAGGGUCGGGCGAUACAAGUGGAUAUAAUGGACAUGAAGCGGCGGGAGGCGCGGCCGGUCGCCCUAGAGGUGUAGUAGACCACCCGGAGUCGGUCCCAGAUUCAGAGACUCCAUCACAGAUGAAAUCAUCCUUCACUUUUCCAAUAACCGACACGAAUAAGCAAUACAUAUCAUAUUAUAUUCCCUUUCUCAAUUGGAUCCAACAAUACCAUUGGUCAUUCCUGCGUGGAGAUCUCAUGGCUGCAUUGACUGUAGCGUCCAUCUAUAUCCCAAUGGCGCUCUCUCUAGCCUCCAAUCUUGCCCAUGCACCACCCAUCAGCGGCCUCUACUCUUUCGUCAUACAUCCCAUGAUCUAUGCCAUCCUAGGAAGCUGCCCUCUCUUGGUAGUUGGACCGGAGGCCGCGGGCUCCCUGUUGACGGGUGCUAUUGUCAAAGCAAGUGUCAUGAAAGGGAUCUCGGGCGAGGACGACCUUACAGAAACUGCUCUUAUUGUCGGAGUGGCUACUGCCAUGUCCGGCGGCAUGAUACUGAUUGCCGGAUUGACCCGCCUAGGGUUUUUGGAUAACGUGCUCAGUCGACCAUUCUUGAGAGGAUUCAUCACAGCUAUCGGCUUUGUGAUUUUUGUAGACCAGCUUAUCCCUGAAUUGGGCUUGGCCGAGCAUGCCAAAGAAUCCGGUGUCAGCCAUGGCACCAGUGUUGAGAAACUCAUCUUCAUCAUUCGAAACGCUCGAGAGUGCCAUGGACUAACUGCCAUCGUUUCGAUCGUUAGCUUUACUGUUAUAAUGGUGUUCAGAACUUUGAAAAAAAUGCUCGUACCGCGUAUCCCUCAAGUGAUAUAUUUCCCAGACCGCUUCCUGGUUGUUGCCCUGUCGGCGGUUUUGGCUUGGCAGCUCGACUGGGAAGGCAAAGGGCUCGAAAUUCUUGGACCUACAGAGGUUGGCUCUGGAGGACUAUUCGCUUUUAAUUGGCCUUUCCAGUUUGCGCAUAUGAAACACGUGCGCACAGCAUUGAGCAAAUCGUUUAUCAUCGCGCUACUUGGUUUCUUUGAGUCAUCAGUCGCGGCCAAGGGUCUCGGCGAAGGCAAUUCUAAUGGAAUCAAGGGAAUGUUCAUGAGUGCCAAUCGUGAGAUGGUUGCACUAGGCGUCGCCAACGUCGUCGGAGGUUGCUUCUCGGCUUUGCCUGCAUUUGGCGGAUACGGGCGAAGCAAGCUCAGCUCACAAACAGGAGCACGGUCACCUAUGACCAGUGUCUUCCUCAGCAUCAUCACAUUCACUUGUGUCAUGGUGCUUUUGCCUUAUCUCUACUACCUCCCGAAAGCAGUUUUGUGUUCCAUGAUCUCUGUUGUGGCUUUCACUUUAGUCGAAGAAUGCCCCCAUGACCUACUCUUCUUCAUUCGCCUGCGAGGUUGGUCAGAGAUUGUCUUGAUGCUCCUCAUCUUCACAACAACAAUCUUCUACUCCCUGGAACUAGGCAUGGCGAUGGGAAUGGGUUUAUCGGUGAUUAUCCUCAUCCGACACGCAACGCACCCUCGCAUCCAGAUCCUGGGCAAGGUCCUCGGCACAGCCGCGCGUUUCGACAACGCUGAACUCCACCCAGAAAAUGUGGAGCUAGUCGAAGGUGCUCUGAUCGUCAAGAUCCCCGAGCCCCUCACAUUUGCGAACACGGGCGAUCUUAAGAACCGGCUGCGGCGUCUGGAACUUUACGGCUCCAGCCAUGCCCAUCCUUCUCUGCCGCGCAUGCGCGCCCCGGAGCAUAAUAAGAAUAUCAUUUUCGACGUUCAUGGUGUUACAAGUAUUGAUGGGUCUGGUACCCAGGUUCUCUCGGAGAUUGUGCACGCAUACGCGGAGGAACACGUCAGAGUGUUCUUUUGCCGUGUGCCGAAUAGGGAGGUGUUUCGCAUGUUUGAGCGGAGUGGUAUUGUUGAGAAUUGUGGUGGAUUGACACAUUUCGUGCCCAGUGUUGAUGAGGCGCUGCGGUUGGCGGAAUCUGAGAACCAGACAGAGGAGAUAUAG